AUGAGACUUAAGCACAUUAUUUCAACCCUGGUCUUUGCAGUUGGAUCUCUCGCCACCUAUAAAUCUCAAGAAAUAAUAACUCAGUUUAAUUGUGCCAACCAGGUCUAUGAAAUAAGAGAUGUGGAGAAUUUUGUCGAAUCUGCAGCAGCUAAGUUAAAACUAAUGUCGUCGAAUCCACAAAGGCAACGAACCUUGGAAGUUUAUAGACCGAACCAUUCUCAUGGCGUGAGGGAACUUAAACGCUACAAAUUUCCUGCCUCCAACUUGAUAAAUUCGCAAGUUCCAAAGUUUGUGAUUAUCAACGAGCAUGGCCAUCUUACGGACAUGGCAUGGGGAAAUAAUGCUUUAAAUCAAUGCGACAACCGCAGAGUUGAGCUUAUGAAAUCAGAUUUUCCAUGGGAUAGUGAUCAUCAGAUAAAGCUUUGGCGUAGUUAUACGGGGACUAUACGGAGCAAUCUAAAGAGAUAG